GUCGAGAGUUGACACGAGUAACAACUGCAGUUAGAUGGCGAGUGGGUAAGUCGUUUCUUUAUUUUUUGUAACGUUAACGAUGCUCCUCUUGAAUCCCUUAUGACAAAACAUUCUGUCAAGAUGUCCUGACUUACUUAUUCGUUGUUUUUACUUCGAUUGCAGCUCGCAAACAAUAAAAUGUGUCCAUCAUCCCGAGGCGCCAUUGAUUGAAGACUAUCGCGCUGGAGAUAUGAUCUGCUCUGAGUGUGGUCUUGUCGUUGGAGAUAGGUAGAACCCUAGAAGAAUUUUUCAUUCUUCUUUAAAAUUAUCUGAAUUACUCCGACAAAGCUUUCUGAAAACAGUCACAGAAAAAUCGUGUAGAAAUUCAAUUUCAGAUCCGUUCGAACCAUUAAGCUUACGAAAAUGCUUACAUGAAGGUGGCAUAGUUUUUAUCUAUUUCCUGAUCGCAGAAAGGUAGUUUUAAAGAACAAUAAGUUUUGAGUUCCUUUCCUUGUGUUGUACGUGACUGAGGAUUGUAGCUAGCUGAAGAUACUAUCGAUUAGUUCUCUGCCGGCAGGAUCAGCUGAAACCGGCCUGUAAAUUAUACUAAACUCAGUUUACCUGCAAAAUUACAGGAUGUGCUGACGUCAUAAAUUUUUAAUGAGCAAUCCCAAGCAAUCCCUAUAUUUAGCGCAAGAGAAUAUAUUCGCGUUAAUGAAGGCAUUUCAUUAAGAAUGGAACAAAAUAUUUGUGGCUUUGGUCAGGAUUUUGAUAGUAACUAGCAAACUACAACUGAGUAGUACCACGGCCUCAUAAUGAUGCAAGCCACCAAAACCUGUGGGGGACCCCCCAGGGGGGGGGGGAAGUUCCCAUAAAUGAGGGUCAACUGCCAAUGGGGUUUAUUGCAUAAUGAAUAAAGGCCUUUUUUCACUGCCAUAGGCCUAUAAAUAACAAAAUAUUAACUUUCGGACAUAAACCCAAAUUCAUUCCCCCACCUUGGUAAAGGGGUGGGGGGGGGGGGGUUGAUGAAACCCCUCCCCGCAGAUGUAGAUAUGUUGCAGUAUUUCAAAAUGAUUUUACCUUCAUUGGAAAGCCUUUGAUUUACUCAACAAGAUGAGGUAUAUUUUAUGGGUGGUGGCACUGCUGGAGGCCUAUGACAUCACCAACAAUGGUCACCAUCUUGGCUGCCAUCUUGGAUUUUACCAAGAAUUAAAAGUCAAGUUAAAACCGUGAUAAAUGGUUAUUUUUUCUGCUUCACAUGUAUAGUUGGCAAGUGUAGUUACAGAUUGUCAAUUAGACAAGAAGUUUUAUUACCGAUUCCUUUUCCUUUCUUUGAACCCAUUUAAGAGUGCCUGUGCAAUGGCUCCUAAUGUCCAAUUACUUACACAUGAGACAUAAUUUCCUAUUACAUUGUCCUAUUAAUGCUGAAAACAGGGCUGCCAAUAGCUAAUUAGAUUAGAGAAUUUUGUUAUAGUUAUGAUAAGCGGCACAAUGACUGAGUAAAGAAAUUCAGAUGUCAUUGAGUACUUUUGUUCAAGAAUUUUAUUCACUGAAAGAGGAUGAAUCGGAAACUGUAGCUGUGCUGCCUUCCAGGUUUAACCAUGGAAGACAAAUCAGGGUGUCAGUAAGGCAGAAUUUGUAAGAAAGAUUCUCUUCAGACUUAUUUGAUGAAGUGUUCAAGAAUAUUUUGCAGUACAGUACUGGAAAAGUGGGAGAGAACUUGGGAGUCUUAAGGGAGUGUUUGAUUUGGAAACACCACCCUACAAACGAUUUUGCCAUCUGCAGGACUCACAACCAUGCCAACUAAAUAACUAAACUUUUUUUGCUGCUUACUGACUAACUAGUGUUUUUAUAGCUGUUUUCUGUCUAAGCAGCAUAUUUUUAGCUGUAUACUGACCACAGCUAUACCCCAUGGACAACAGGUCUUUGAGACUGUGGACCUGUUCCAGACAAACAGAGUUGAAUUUGUGGAUUUGAGAAUAUUUCUAUGUAAUUGUGGAUUGUGUAGAUCCAGAAAACAUCCAUACUUCCCCCACAGAAGGGACUGGAAAUUCCUGGGGGGUGGGGGGUUUUCAAAGGCCCAAAAAGUUAAGUAAAUGUAUGAAGCUUGACUUGAAUUUCCAGAGAGGUGGGGGGGUCUAACAAAACAUCCCUCCCAUGGGGGAGGUAUGGAUAAUUUUUGGAGCCACACAUUAAAGUUUGUGUUUUCCCUGUGCAUUUUGUAGAGUUGUAGAUGUAGGUUCAGAAUGGCGUACAUUUAGUAAUGAGAAGUCCACCAGUGACCCAUCCCGUGUAGGAGCUGCCCAGGUAAGGAUAGCUGUUAGGUUAAACGACUCUGGUUUAACUUACAGUUGGUGAGAAAAUUGUUCAGACCUCAAAUGGGUAACUUUGGUGAACAAAACAAUCCACACCCCUCCCCUCUCUCCUCUAUUCAUUGUUUUCUACAGGUAGCUUAAACAGCAACACAACAUUGCAUGGAGGGGGUGGGGAAGGAGAAGCUAACAUUAGAGAGACCUUAUAGGGCAAAGUGUCUAAACUAAAUUUGUCACCAAUAGUAGGUUAAUUCUCAAUUUCCAUAGUUAGCUCCUAGAUAGGGACAGGAGGCAAUGAAUUAAUUAAUGAUCAAGAAUCAACUUAAAUCAGAAUUAAACCUGAAACUAAAUUAGAGCCAGUAAUAUACCUACUUGUCAUUGCAGCUUGUAACAGUUUAAAAUAACCACUUCAUGUUAUCCAUUUGAAUCCUAUUGUACACUUUAAAAAGCACUUCUUUCAAACUGAGCACACAAUGCAUUGUGAAUACCAGUGUUCUCGUUCUUUUUACCGUUAAGCUUCCUGUCUAAUUUGUAUACAUGAUUUAUAUUAAAAUAAAGCUUGUAAAUUUAAGAGCUACAUAACCUUAACUUUAGCUCUAGGUUCUAAAGCUAUACUGUCCAAUAUAUUUGCUGUGACAGUUGUUUUUUAUAUGUGGUUAAUCUUUUACUUCAGAACCCAUUACUGAGUGGAGGUGACCUGUCAACAAUGAUUGAGAGAGUACCACAGUGGAAUAGUUCAGGAGAGGGCUACUCAAAAUACCACAAUCGAGGAGGGGUAUGUUUAACUAAUAACAACUUGAGUCUCUACUUAACUUUCAUAAGUACAUUAAUUUGCAGUUAGUUAUCAUUUACCAUGGAUCUAGGACAUACAAUCUCAGAUAGGACAACACAACCAUUAUAAUUUCUGCACAUUAUUCAUCAGUACCAUCAAUAUUAUCACUGUUGGUCACAAAAAACAAAGCACUUUGCCACUACAUCACCAAAACCUUUAGAUUGUCCUUUGAAGUCUCUUCAUUUUAUAAGGUUAAUAUUAUGUUAACCAGUUUAUUUAUUUUGCAGUUAACUGGCUCAGACAGGAGUCUCAUGAAUGCUUUCAGGGAAAUUGGUGUUAUGGCUGAUAGGAUAAAUCUUCCCAGAAAAAUUCAGGUAAGUAAUCUUGACAUCAUAGAAUACAAUAGUUAAUUUACAAAAUGCUGAAGUUGUUACAAAAUGCCAUAACCUAUAUUCCACAAGUGUUGGUUAUAAGAAAAAUGCAGCAGAACAGAGCUGGUUUAAGACAUGUUAGAUGUAGUUCCUCUGGGAUGAUCGGGAUUAAUUUUAUGACCGAAGAUUACUCAGAUUGGCCAUGAUGCAUCAAAGGAACUGCUACAUCCCAUUUGGACAAGGAAUUGUCAGUUCCUUUGGUACACAACGGCCUGAGUGAUCUUGGAUGGUAAUUCCUGAUCUGUAUAAUCCAAAGGAAACAUGCUCCCUAGAAGUGGGUUAAUAUGCUAUAAGGAUACCAAGUUAAUAUUUUAUGUAGUGAUUCAGUGGGUGCCUUCUUCUUUCUCAGGACCGUGCAAAUGAACUUUUUAAACAAGUUCAUGAACAAAAGAGUUUAAAAGGAAGAAGUAAUGAUGCCAUUGCAUCUGCUUGUUUGUACAUUGCCUGUAGACAGGAGGGUGUACCUAGGACGUUUAAAGGUAUGAUCUUCAUAAUGUCUCUUAAAACAACGUAACUUUCAGCCCGUCUUUGCCAUUUCAUAAGUAAGUCAAACUUUUUGAACGUUUUGUAUUUUUUAGAAAAUGCUUAAACGAAAGAAGUUAGUUGGCAAUAGAACCAUCUGUAACAUUAAAAAAACCUUAUAAAUAAAGAAAGAACUUAUUGCUAUUAUAAGUUUUUUGGGUGUUGCAGAUGGCUCCAUCACCCAAGUGAAACAGUGCAGAAUAUUUUCAUAUAAUGGCUACAUCUCUGUAUUUUAAUUGAGUUGACAAAAAAUAUCACCAUCAUUUAAUAGGUGCCAUGAUCCAAUCAAUGCAGGUCUGCUUUAAUUUAUCUCCACCUAAAGUGAUCUUACCUAUCCUUGUUCAUUUAUUAUGGUUCAUCUUAAACCAGUCCUCGAUUUUCUCCUUUCAUUUUGUUCCUGUUCUUCUUUAUCCUUUUCCUUUCUAUUUUUAUUUUCAGUAUCUAAUUACCUCUGUACACCAUCUUUUUUUCUUAUAUAUGUAGCCUGUUCCAGGCUCCGAGAUAGUGGUGAAAAGUCGUUCAGUAAAAAGAAAUGCGAAAAACGCGCGGGGGAUGAGGAGAGACAGGGCUCCCAUUUUUCUCGCCGCCACCGCCCCCUUUCCCAAGUCGCACGCGUCUUAUUUUGGCUUUGCUGGUUUUAAUACGUCCGCACUAUACUAUCUGAGAGCCUAGCACAGGCUAUUUUAUAUGUGGCCAAAGUAACGAGACUUCCUCCCUCCGCCCUUUAUAGCAAUUAACGUGUGAAACUUCUUGUCCACAGAAAUUUGUGCAAUUAGCAAAAUCUCCAAGAAAGAAAUAGGUCGUUGUUUCAAGUUAAUAUUAAAGGCCCUGGAAACAAGCGUUCACCUUAUUACAACAACAGAUUUUAUGGUCAGUGAGAUAAGUUUCACUUUUUAUUUAGUAACUCUCAAUAAAACUAAGAGCCAAGAAGGCUUGAAAUUUUAGGGCAUCUUACCAGUACUUUUUCUCGAAUUUUCGCUAGAAUUUCUUCUCCUAUCUUUGUUGGUAAUAAAAGACUGUAAAAAACCCUGAUCAUGACUUUCAAAAGAAGAAAUUUUAAAAUGGGGAAACUUUUGAGAACGUCCAGUUUACGGUGUGAGCAUGGUGUGGGUGAUUAAAAAUAGGGCAGACAGUAUUAAUGCGACCUUUUUAUCGAGGAGAAUAUAUAAAAAAAUGCAUCAAAACUGUGCGUUUAAUAUCAUCAUGCAUUCUGGAAAAGAAGUAGAUGCUUGAGGAGGUCUUUUAAUAGUGCUGCUUACCCCAGUUUUCGUCCCAAGUUCAGUUUGUUUCUUGUUAUCUUGUUUGUGUUCUAGAGUGGGAGAAAUUGUAACGUAGAAAUGAAUAGUAAGAAUAGGCUGACUACAAGAUGUCAUGUUUACGUGAUGAAAAGUGGAACCUUGUGAUGUUUCCUUUCUCUCUUUCAGUCAAGAUUUUGUUCCAAUCUUGGCCUCCGAGCGGAAGUACAGAAGGCAGCUACACAUAUCGCCCGUAAAGCGGUUGAUUUAGAUUUAGUUCCUGGGUAAGUCUAAUUCUCUCGCCCUUCAAAAACAAGCCACGAAACCGUUCAAAAGAAAGAAUCAGGUCAAGUGAUGGUCCGGAGCCAAAUUUCUGUCCAUAUUCGCCCAACAAAUAAAUGCUUGGCAAAAUGUUGCGCGGUACCUACCGUGAUCUCUUUUUCCUCUUCUUUCAGACGGAGUCCAAUUUCAGUUGCGGCUGCAGCCAUUUACAUGGCAUCCCAAGCGUCAGAUGAGAAAAGAUCACAGAAAGGUAUAUGAUAUACCAUUAUUUGUUUUUGUUUACAAAUCCCUCCCAUUAGUAUGUUCACACUACAGUGAAACUUCUAUUAAGCGGACACCUUCGGGACCUUCCCAAGUGUCCGCUUAAUAGAGGUUGUAAAAAUUGCGCAAUGUUUGUUAACGAUCAACUUUCAACGGUUACUCUGUACUGUGAUAAAGUUGCAUGUUGUUAAAGAAGCUACCCAGAGUUCAAGCUCAUUACCUUUCAUUACGAAAUUUAAUUUGUUUGUAACUGAAAAAACUUUAACUGACUUCAGUCCGUAUUUCAAGGACGUAAUCCAAUACUACUAUUGCCAAUUCAGUCCGGUGUCCGCUUAAUAGAGGUGUCUGCUGAUUAGGGGUUCGUUAUAAAGGGAAAUAUGAGACGUUAAUUUCGGGACCCGGCUUAGUGUCCGAUUAAUAGAGGGUGUCCGCUUAAUUGUAGACUACGAGUAGUCCCCCAUUUUUCCUCAGGGAUAGUAGAGCGAGCGAGACUAGCUUAAUUGGGGGUCCGCUUAAUAGAAGUUUAACUGUAUAUCGCUGGAUAGCUUUUUGUGCUGGUAUAGUAUGAACACCUAUACGAUAUCAUGCGACUUUCAAAAGAGAUCGGCGCUGCGCAGGUCACCGUUCUUAUGUGUGAAGCAGAGCAGAAGCCCUAUCCGACAGGGUGUUCCUGCCGGCGCAAAAGUAAUCCGGUAGAAUGUGAACACUGCCUAAAUUGGGUUUUGCAUUGCGUUCUGAAACACUAAUAUUAAAUAUUGGUAAUGUAAAUUCUACCACAGACUUUGUGUGUACGUUUUUCUAAAGAAAAGAAGAUAUGGUAUAAUUUACAAUCAUUUGGUCGCAGAGAAUGUAAUACGUUUGAUUAGCUGGUCUGAAUGUUAGAAGUUCGAGCUUUUGCCUUUUAGACGUGAGGUCAACUUUGUUGUGCGCUUUUUCUUACUGCAGUUUAGCCUGCCGUAUUAGCAAAGCACUUAUUACUAAGCUCGAAGCUUUGAGACGUUGAAUAAUAAAGUUAUGCCAGAUUAUACUACUAUUUCUUAAGGCAACAAAACGCCACUGGAUGUUUCUCUGUGUUUCGUAAACUGUAAAUGUGGUUAGCUAUCUCCCACUGUCUAUAGAUGUUUGAAUGGGUGGGCAUUUCUCUAAUAGACCAACAUCGCGACCAGGAGAUUAUAGCAAUACUCUGUGAUGCUUUAUGCCUCAGAAACAAAGUCAACUUUCCUGUAGCUCAUAUACUGUUUAGUGGCGGAUGUCUAGUAGAGACCUUCGGAUUCUAAGACAAGGACGACUUUGAGAACGAUUUUUUUUCUAUACUAAUUAGUGCGCGCUUGUGAACCAUCGUCAUUUUGGCGGGAAAAGAUGAAAGUGGUCGUCAUUUAUAUUCUACUACGAGUUUUAACGAGAAGUAGUUACGGAAACAGGUUAUCAAAUGUUAGAACUUUAUGAUUUUUCGAUCCGAAGAGGCUUUAACCCCCGUCAAUACAGAUAACUGUGUACAAAAAAGUGCAAUGAAGCUUUCCAGUGUGUCUCUCUUUUAAGAAUACGCGUCACAUCUCGUCCUGGUAGUCGUUCUCGUCCGCGAAUCUAAAGGUCUCUAGUGUAGGAGUCCCCGGUCCUCGACUUAUCCUGACCUCAGAUCGAAACAAGGAGGCCUGGAGGGUGUUUCUUUCUAGUUCCAGCUAAAACGUUUUCACUUAAGGCCUGGGGAGGCAUACUUUACGUGAUGUCCCAUGAUCCUCCAUUGCUGCGGUGUAGGACCCAGACCUUGAGAGAAGGGGGACCGCUCUCUUAGGGGGAGGGGGAGGGGGAACAACGGCGCUGUCGAAAAAAAUCAUUUCCUCGGCACCUCGGUUUUGUUCCAAUAUAAUGGGGUGGGAGUGCUCCCCUAAACCCACAUAGCUCACACAGUAAUAUAACUCCUGAGAAAGAGCAUCUCUUUUUUGCCUCUUCUCCGGAAAAAGAGUACUUUUACUUUGUUACUUUGUUACUUAGCUACACCGGUCAGUUUGUAACCGAAUGCAUGUCUGCUUUGUUUUUGUUUGAUAGAAAUCGGUGAUAUUGCUGGUGUAGCCGAUGUGACGAUUCGUCAGUCCUACAGACUCAUAUAUCUCCGAGCAGCUGAACUCUUUCCAAGCGACUUUAAAUUUGUUACACCGGUGGACAAGCUUCCGAAUCUUUGAGCCUAAAAUUCGUCUGUGAACACUGUUGUUGUCACACCUCAUGGACUCUAUGUUAAUAUUAUUGACAUUUUAUGUAUUGAGGAGUUAAGCUAAGGUUUUAGUAAAUUUUCAUUGAGCUCAGUUUCUCUGCAUUAAUUGGAGUGUAUAAACCAUCACCCGUUUUCGACCUAAUCACUGUGGUGUUCCUGCUCACCGUAUUCAAGACUCUGCUGAGCAGAUAAAGAUUUAUGAGUAAUUAAUUGAGCAGGACAAAAACCGCGGUUGUCAGGGUAACAAAAUAUAGGGGGAGGCCUUCUCUGGAUGCCAGAGACUUUUCACUGAUGUACGCUUUUUACAGUUGUAGUGAAUGGUCUGAAAAGUUUGGUUCCUGCAUGGUAUAGGUUUCCUUGAAUCGCUUACUUGAUAACUGUGAGUCUGGAAAGAGAAAUCCAUCUUUUGGAAAAAUUCUGGAAAUGUAUUCCAUUUUGCAUUCAAAAAUUUGUACGAACCCGGUAACUAGUCUUUCAAAAUUCCGCUUUUUUUGAAUGCAUUUAUACCUACAGUCUCCAAUUUUCUACACCCAACUAGUGCUAGAUUCCAGCAGCUCUAAAUAAAUAGGUUAUCAUACGUCAUUUCUAAUUGUCUGUAUAUAAACCCUUCAACCACUAAUCUCAAAAUUUGUCC